GCUUGCUACACUCAUGCAACCUCAGCUGUACUGAAUUCUCCUAUCGACCACUUCUAAAUAUUUACAUGUGGGUCGAAGAGCUUGGGCGUGUGUUGAGAACUCAUAUCGGUUUCUACGAACACCCUGGUCUGGUUUUAUGCAUCAGUAGGGUCGAAUUAUAUUCUAUUUGGACACGAUGACCGGGACCGGGAGAUGAAAUGAAGUCUUAAUGCCUUUCUCUCUCGCUAUGUCAACGCUAGAUCAAUAAUGCUACCACGGAAUGAGGUCCGAGACGCUAUAUUACCAUUUAUUUACGUCUUACAGAUUUAUCCACUUUCAGCUACUGCCUCUUUGCCGAUCAAUGUCUAAUCUAAUAGGUAAGCUUGAAGAUUUUGGUCUAAUGGAAUCUAGAAGACCAGGUCCAACCCUACGAGGAAAUUUCUCGUCAGGAGAUACAGAUCCGGCGAGGCAUCAGUCUUUAUUCAAAUUGGUCAAAAGCGUCCACAAUCGUCACCUAGUCAAGAUGUAGAAACAAGACGUGAUGGAUUUCAACAUCUCCUCGAGCUCGACUGGUCAGUUCCUGACCAGUCAGGUGCUCCAACCUUUUCCCGUCGGUUUGGUAACAGCAAGUGCAAUCCUAAUACCUAUCUGCUAUACCAUAUUCCAUCGUGUUUACUUUCAUCCACUUCGACAUGUCCCUGGGCCGUGGCUCGCGGCCGCGAGUGACCUAUAUGGAUUUUACCAUAACUUCAUUCGGGAAGGGGGGUACUCGAAGAAAUUCCGGUAUCUUCAUGAUAAAUAUAACUCCCCAGUUGUUCGCAUCGGCCCAAACCAUGUUCAUGUGAAUGAUCCACAGUUCUUUGAAGAGGUCUUCUAUAUCGGCUCAAAGUACUCUAAAGAUCCGUCAUUCUAUAAGUACUUCGGUGGGCUGGAUAGCAUGAUUAAUCCUUCAUAUUUUCGUAUAUAUCGCUCGCACAUAGCGUCAUUAUACUCGACCAGGUCAGUGGAUAGUCUUGCACCAAGACUCCUUAGUGAGCUCCAGUCCAUCGCGAAGCGGCUAUCCCCAGAAGUAGGGACAGACAAAACGAUCAACAUUCAGCAGAUGUUACGUACCCUUAGUGCAGAUAUGGUUCUUCGAAUUCUAUUCCCACAGGACAUUAACCUCAUUAAUUACGAUGGAUACCAUCCAUUCUUAGAGGCAUUUGAUGUAAUCAUGACCAAGACAUGGUUGAUGGUCACCUAUCCUGUUGUCGGCAUGGCAUUAAGCUUGAUCCCGGGUUCCGGUUACAUGAAUUUCAAGUUAGCUUUCGAAAGGUUCACCCUAUAUUGUAGAAAUUGGGCGGAUGAAGCACAGAAUCUCCGAGACAAUGUCAAUGAGUGGCCGGAGCGCGAUUCUCAUAUGACUCGGUACCUUAAUAUUGACCCCAACGACCAAAAGAAGGUUGAAGCUGUGCCCCAUCCGCUAGAAGAUAUCUUCAAUUUCAUUGCUGGCGGGAGCGACACAACGGCAUACUCAACGGCUUGCGCUGUUUAUUACCUACUCAGUUCGCCCGAUGCUCUUGCCAAGCUCCAAGCCGAGCUCUACGACGCGGCCCCAUUCAUACGAGAACAGUUUGACCAUAAGAAGAUUCAAAGUCUAGUCUACUUGAAUGCGGUAGUCAAGGAGACUCUUCGUCUCGCCAGCCCCGUUCCAGGAUGCCUUCCCCGAACAGUUCCUGAUGGCGGAGCUCGUGUUGGAUCGAUCAAUAUUCCGGCGGGAGCUGCGGUAUCGGUGAGUUUACUAGCAAUUCAGCAGAAUGAAGAUUUGUUCCCAGAGCCCCAAAUGUUCAUACCCGAGAGGUGGUUGGGUGAACAGGGUAAGAUCAAUGAAAAAUGGAACGUGGCGUUCAGCCGAGGGCCACGUCAGUGUAUCGGAACCAACAUUGCCUAUAUGGAAUUGCACUCUUCUCUUGCCUACCUAUUUUCUCACUUCGAGUUUGAACUUGCAAUGAACCCCGGUAAGAAGCUAGAGUGGGUGGAUCGCUUUGUUGCUACAAACUUGGAGGACGUUCAGGUGAAAGUCGUGAAGGACCUGUGGCUAUGAAAGGAUCGUUAGAUACUAUAUUAAAGUAGACGAAUAUGGUAGAAAUAUUUCGUAAUAUUGAAGAUAUUGAAGACUAUCAUGUCAGACAAAGGUCAUGUAAUUAAACAAAUGUCGAUGCCUUAUGGUAAUGGGCAUUUUUGUUAGAUAAAAGUCGUGUGAUUAUGGAGUUUGCUGUUUGGACCAUAAUCUAGACUACUCAAAAUUUUAUACAGAGGUCGUUUACAAU